CCUUUCCCCACAUAAACCGGGGAGGCCAUUUCUUUUAAUUGUAACCGUUUGGGAAUGGUUUCCUUAAACGUCGCGUAAAUGAAGAAAAAAAAUGAGGGUAUUUUAAAAAGAAACCCAAGAUUUAAAUUGAAGGGGAAACAAGGGAGACCUCCCUUCCUUUUUCCUUGAGCAUGUUCCCAUGUGAAGAUUUGUGCCGGUGCUGCAUGAACAGUGCUUAAUCUCUCCUUUAAGUGUGAUGCCUGAAGUCAAAGUACAGUAGUGUUGAAAAAUGGCUAAAAGAGUGGCAGAAAAGGAAUUGACUGACAGGAAUUGGGAUCAAGAAGAAGAAACUGAGGAGGUGGGAACUUUUUCAGUUGCCAGUGAAGAUGUGUUGAAGAACAGAGCUAUUAAAAAGGCAAAGCGCAGAAAUGUGGUUCUUGAGUCCGAGAGUGGUGGAGCUUUUAAAGGGUUUAAAGGUUUCGUUUUACCCUCUGGAGGUGGUGGAUUUUCUGGCUUUGGCAAUGGUACCGGAACUAAGCCUUUAGGAGGACUAUCCAAUGGCAGCAGCAGCAUUACAUAUAAUUCUUCAUUCACCAACUUAAGAACAGGUGCUGAAACCCAGACUACAUUCAGCUCUGUGAUGUCUGGUGUUUCAAUGAAUAGUACUGUGGCUGAGAAGAAGCCUGCAAGUAUGGAAGCAAAUGGUGAGAGCCAACAGCCAUUGUCAUCCAGUUUCACUCAAAAUAAAACGUACAGCUCUGAUGUUUACCAUAAACAGUUAGCGGCUCUGAACUGUUCCGUGCGUGACUGGAUAGUAAAACAUGUAAAUGCCAAUCCGCUUUGUGACCUGACACCGAUCUUCCGAGACUAUGAGAAGUAUUUGGCUGAAAUAGAACAACGUGGAAUCAGUAGUGACAAUAGCUCCGAAUAUGACAAUAACAAGGCAACUGGAGCUCAGCCUGCCUCUGUGUUUGGGAGUGCAAAUCUUCAGCAAGGUUCAACAUUUUUCUUUAACAACAAAUCUGAAGAUACAUUGGGGAAGAAAACUGAAUCAGAAAAGAAAGCAGAACCAAAACUAGAGUCUACAUCAACUGUCUCAUUCACUUUUAGCAAGAGUCUUGACAACUCUGGUGUGAAUUCUGGUCCAUUGCCCAGUUUCUCAUUCUCUGGAAGUGCAGGAUUAUUUGGAAAAGAUGUAAACCAAGGCAAGAUUAUUCCUUCAUUUUCCAGCAGUGCAAUAGAUACCCAGGCAGAAAGCGGUGGCACUGAGGAUAAAGGGGGUGAUGAUGAAGAAGAGGAGCCACCAAAAGUAGUCAUUAACGAAGUAAAGGAGGAAGAUGCCUACUACUCAAAGAAAUGCAAAAUCUUCUACAAGAAAGAUAAUGAGUUUAAAGAAAAAGGAGUGGGAACACUACACUUAAAAAACGCUGGCAAUGAGAAGACUCAGCUUUUAGUACGAGCAGAUACUAAUUUGGGCAACAUAUUGCUGAACAUUUUGGUGCCACCUAAGAUGCCAUGCUCAAGAACAGGAAAGAACAACGUUCUUAUUGUCUGUGUUCCAAAUCCACCCAUUGAUGAGAAGAAUGCCACUGACCCUGUUCCUAUCUUGAUAAGAGUAAAAACAAGUGAGGAUGCAGAUGAGUUGCACAAAAUUUUGCUGGAGAAAAAGGAGGUCUAACAUUAGUCUGUUGAAUGUUAUGAGGGAAAUUUGCCAAACUGCUGCUGCUCAUUUUCCCCCCUCUCCUCUUGACUGUACUAGUAACUUUUUAACUCACUCCUCUGACAUUCUAAGGACUAUCUUAGGAAUUUUGAAGGGUUUCCCUGAGGAGGGAAAGAAACUAAGAAGGUCAAUAAAAGCUUUAACCUAAA